AACCCGAAAUUACCCUGCCCUCCCCAAAAGGGGGAAUAUACUAACCUACGACGCGCUACUACAGGCAACACAGAACGUUACCGUGUUUCCUUCCUUUCUUCCACUCGCCACCAUCACCAUUUCCUUCUUCUUCGAUUCCAUUACAUCACAGAGAGCUUGUUUCAGAUUGGUUGACGAAUUUUCGAAUUCGAAAUCAGAAUCGGAAAUGGGAACAUUAGGCAGAGCUAUAUACAGCGUUGGAUUUUGGAUUCGUGAAACUGGUCAAGCCAUUGAUCGCCUCGGUUCCCGCCUCCAGGGAAAUUACUACUUUCAAGAACAGCUGUCCAGGCAUCGAACUCUGAUGAACAUAUUUGAUAAGGCUCCUAGUGUUGAUAAGGAUGCAUUUAUUGCACCAAGUGCCUCCGUCAUCGGUGAUGUUCAUAUUGGCAGAGGAUCAUCCAUUUGGUAUGGAUGUGUCAUGAGAGGUGAUGUGAACAGCAUCAGUGUUGGAAGUGGAACCAACAUUCAGGAUAACUCCCUGGUGCACGUUGCAAAGUCAAAUUUAAGUGGGAAGGUGUUGCCUACUACUAUUGGGGAUAAUGUUACUGUAGGUCAUAGUGCGGUUUUACAUGGUUGCACUGUUGAGGACGAAGCUUUUGUUGGUAUGGGUGCAACUCUACUUGAUGGUGUCGUUGUUGAGAAACAUGCCAUGGUUGCUGCUGGUGCCCUUGUUAGACAGAAUUCACGGAUUCCAACUGGAGAGAUUUGGGCAGGAAACCCUGCAAAGUUCCUGAGAAAACUCACUGCCGAAGAGAUAUCAUUUAUCUCUCAGUCAGCCAUCAAUUACAGUAACCUUGCACAGGUCCAUGCAGCUGAAAAUGCCAAGCCUUUUGAUGAAAUUGAGUUUGAGAAAGCGCUCCGGAAGAAGUUUGCACGUAAAGACGAGGAGUAUGACUCAAUGCUAGGCGUUGUUCGUGAGAUCCCUCCAGAACUCAUUCUUCCAGAUAAUGUCCUACCUGCUAAACAAACAAAGGUUUCCACACAAUGAGAUCUUUUAAGAAAAGUGUCUUUCAAUUCAAAUCUUGAAAUGACAUCGAGCAAUAUACUUGUUUUGUUCAAAUUCAUGGAAGAUGGAUUAUUUUUUCUUCCCAAUAAUAACAAACAUGUCCCAGGCUAGGGUAUGACUUCUUUUCAGAUUGAGGAAUCAAUUGUUCCAUAAUAUUUCAAGUUGUUAUCUGCUUUGGAAAAAGGAAAGUUCCCUGAACGAUCGUGUAUGUGGAUCUUUAGUGUUUGAUGUAUCCAAUGCACGUGAGUUUCACAUGAAUGUUUGUUUAAUCAUGGUAUUUAUGUGACAUUGUUUUGGUCAUUA